AUGGCUCCCUACGACAAGGACGAUUUCCGGGUCACCACCAAGGAGACCGACUUGGGCGCUGAGCCCUCGUACCCUCUGGGCCCACUGGAGGGUCGAUCUCCUCUUGACAAUUUGCGUUUUGCUGUCGCCCCUGCCCCUGCUGUCGCUGUCGCUGCUGGUGGCCCCGGCCGUGCUCCCCGCCGCCCUCGUAACCCUCCGGCCGCUGCCGCUGCCGCCACCCCUUCCACCCUCUCCGCCGACGACCACCACGCCCUGCUUUGGUGGCCCCACGAGGCUGGUGCCUCGGCAAAAGGCAAGCUGCUGGCGUCGAUGCCAAUCUGCCGAGCCGUGGAAGUGGCACCGGGCAAGAACGCCCACGGAAUCGGACCGGACGAAAACCGGAGCUCGUACAAGGAAGCUGGUUGGGGGUACUUGGUGGGACAAGAGCGGGUUGGAGGUCAGGCCUGCGAGAAGUGUCGUGGCGCUGGAAAGGGCCCGUUUGAGGUGUGUGUCGUUGUGCCGGGCUUCUUCGGUGAAGCUUGUGUCUCGUGCCGAUAUUAUUCGCACGAAGGUCAUUGUUCUUUGCGCCAGUGAAUUCUGGUUGUUGGAGUAAGGGGGUGGGCAUGUCGAUCACGUGCUCCUUCUGGGGUGGAAUGUUUGUGUAGUUUUUAUUGCAAUUGAGAUACC